CACUUCCUCCUUCCCGGACCGCCUCAUGCAGGUACCCUGUGCCAGCUGAGUCCCACUGGCUGGGCGGAGCAGUGUGGAAGGGAGAUUUCUCCCGGAAUGGGGAGCAGCACGCCUGGGGGAACGGAGCGGGAGGCAGGUGUCGAAGGCAGCUGAGGGGCGGCUCGGUCACUUUCCACCCAUGGCGCCCGGUGCCGCGGAGGCUCUGCGGGAGAGCGGCUCCGCCGCGCCGGCCGCCACGAGCGGGGGGCAGCGGGAGGCAGCGGCAGCCGGGCUGUGCCCCAUCUGCCUGGGCGCCGUGGACAACGCGGCGCACGUGGACACCUGCCUGCACACCUUCUGCUUCGCCUGCAUCCGGCAGUGGGCUGCCGUGCGCGCCGCCUGCCCGCUCUGCAGGCAGCGCUUCGGCCGCAUCCUGCACACGGUCAGGGCGGACGACGACUACCAGGAGUACGUGCUCGGCCCGCCCGGCUGCCAGCAGAGCGCCGCGGCCGCGCAGAGCGUGCUCGGCACAUCCCCGCGCUGGCGCUACCACCUGCGCCCGCGGCCCCACCGCCGUCCCGCUGCCAGGAGAAGGGGGCGGCCGCCAGGGGACGGAGAGAGAGCUCCAAGAACCUCUGACACCUCUGCCCGAUAGGCUGCAGCGCAGCGCUCGACCCGCCCUGCCGGUGGACCUGCCAGCCUGGGGGCGCGGCUUACGGCCCUCAUGUGCUUGGAAUGAGCAUCCAGAGGCUUUGCGGAGCACGCGUCUCCCGCAGCACCUUCGA